AUGCUGACCAGACAAAAGACGAGGAAGAAGAGGGAUGAUGAUCUCGCCCCGUCCUCCUCCGCGUUUGAGAGUUCGUUCAAUCUUCGCGACGACGAUGUAGACGACGACGUAGACGACGAUAAAAAUAAGCAGAAGAAGAAGAAGACGUUCUUCGUUCCCGGGGAAGAAGAAGAAGAGACAACAAAUCACAUGCGAGAAACGUUCGUUUUACUUUUCUUGAUCGCGUCGAUAUCGUUUUCGUACGUGUUCGCGUUUAGCGCGAAGCUCGGGUACGGGAGAGAAACGUAUCGCUUCCUCGCGAGCGAGAAAGAGCAGUACGAGCUGGAGUUGAUAUCGUUGUCGGUGGUUUUGCUCUGCGUUCUUUUCGUGUUUGACGGUUUGUUUCGUUUCGAAGGCGAGAGUGAAAAUAGCGCGAGAAGUAUGAGUAUGAGUAGCGACGAUAGUUCUUUUGUGGAUGUAAAGAAAGCGGAUGAUCGAAAGAACGACGAAUUAAAACCAAGUUCGUUUAAACGAGCAAUCAGAAACGGUGCGCUCGCUUUAGCCGCCGUGCUCUUUGUCGCCUCGGCGACUUUAUCGGCAAAGACUUACCCGCAAGCGCCGCCGACGAUGUUCGUGUGUUGCGCGCCGAUGUUCGUCGCUCUGUGUAAGAGGUGGUUUCGCAGCUCUACGUCAAAGUUUUUAAUGAAAACAGCGUCGGCGUUGAUAUUUUCUGCGCUCGGUAUUGCUCUUUGGUUAGCGUUUGUGGUUUACUACGCCGAAAAAGAAGGAGACGACGGAAACGACGAUGAAAAUGGAUUGUAUUGGUCCGAGGUGAAGAGCGAGUACAUGGAAGACGCGGGAUGCCCGACACACACGAAAGAGAACAAUGAGUGUCUCGCCGCGUAUAUCAUGUGGUUCACUCCUAUGCUUGCAAUCUUAGCGUGCACUUUGUUUUCGUGUUUCACGUACGUUCUCGGUCUCGCCGUUCGAGAGGAAAAUAGUACUACCGAUACCACUCGCAAUAAGACAAAAUUUGCCGCGAGAGCGUUUGCGUUCACAUUCGCCUUGGCGGGUUUAGGCAUUUGGAUCUCGGCGUCGUUAUCCGGUGGCGCAGAAGAACUAUCCACUUUGCUCUUAUCUUUCUCUAUGGCGGCUUUAUUCGUUCUCGGUGUUGGAACCGUCUUCGCGCUUGGCGGCGCCGAAAACGCUAAACAGAAGGCGUUGGAAUCCUCCUCGUUCCUCCGAGCGACGUCGAAAGUGGUCACGGAAACGCACGUUGACGCGUUUCGAGCGAUUGUAUUAUCCACACCGCUGACGCUAUUGAUUCCGAUUAUGUUAUUUCUUUCCGUAAUAAAUCAGUUCGUUCGGAGAUUUGUGAAUACUUCUCAGAGGGGAUUUUCGUUGGACGAAAAAUUGCACCGCGGUUGGUUCACUUAUCGCGUGAGCGCGUUUUUGUCCUCCGCUUCGGAAUGGCGAUGGACGGCUAUUUUCAUCAAUUUACACUAUUGGAUAUGUCUGUUGGUCUCUUUGAAUGUUCUAGCCGGGACGUUUACGGUUGUAUUCCUGUCGUGGUUGCGAGUGAAACUCGCGAAAGCUGGGUUUGCGUUCACCUACGUCGUCUUCUCUCUCGUCGGCUUGGCGAUGUUUUUAAUUCCAGUCAUUCCGGGCAUCCCGGUGUAUUUGACUGGCGGUAUUUUGUUGACCGAUGAAUCGUCGGUGAAUUUUUUCAAGAAAGCGUUGUCUGAAAGUGGAGAAACGCCGAGCGAAACGAAAAGUUACGUCUGCGCUUUACUCGCCGCCUCCGGCGCUUGUUUCGUCGUCAAACUCCUCGCCGUGGCCAUGCAGCAAAAACUCAUCGGCGAACGGCUCGGGAAACGCGUAUGGGUUCGACAAACGGUCGGUAUAAACACAAACGCUAUGCGUGCGGCAAAGUUGGUUCUCUCUAAGAGAGGAUUCUCCAAAGCUAAAGUGGCUCUUUUAGUCGGUGGUCCGGAUUGGCCGACGAGCGUGUUGACUGGCAUUUUGAAUUUGAACGUGUUUGAGAUGUUGUUAGGGACGGUUCCGGUGAUUUUCCCGGUGAUUACGACGGUGUUAGCUGGAGCGUUCAUGUUAAAGCAAGGUACGAACUCGAUGUGUGGCAAUAAUGGUGAUCAAUCUAAUGAUAAAUCAUCCUCAAAUACGAGCGGCCUGUGGAGUUCCAUCGCGGACGUCGCGUUACUGGUCACCGCCGUCGUCCAAGGCACGUGUUUACUCUUGGGCAUUUAUUACGUUGAAAAAACGUCAAGAGAGUGCAAAGAAGAGCUCGCACAGCUCCCGUACGACGAAGAAGUGAUGCACAUAGAAGAAGAGACCAAAAGAGAAAAAGAGAUCAAGGAAAAUAUCGGAAACUUUUUCAAGCUCGAGCCGCGCGACCGAACGUUGCUCGUAUUUUCAACCGCGAUUUGUUUACUUUCGUUUUGGGUCAUUCAGCUCGGACCGACGUUCAUUGGCGAGGACGAAGCCGUUUUAAAAGAGUAUCAGUUGACAGAUUGCGUCUCGCAUACGUUGAAAGGUCGAGUGUGGACGGUAGUGACCAGUAUCGGAUGGCUCGCUAUUCUCGCUUUUAUUUUUUCGAUGUUUACGCUGUGGACGUUUAACGCGCGACUGAAUGGGAAGGUGCAAGAUGUUCUCGAUGAAGAAUACGCGAUUGAAAAUGGCAUCGAAGAUUUCUCGGACGGCGAUGAUGAGAACAACAGCGACGCCUGUGAUGGUAUUCGCAUGUAA